GUUUAGGGUUCGCGGGGGCGCGUGACCAUCUCCUUCUUCUUCUUCCUCAACACCUUCAUCUCUUCUUACAUCGGGCCCGACUUCAGACAAACACCCAAAAAACAAAAAAAAAAAACCUUUUUUCGCUAUCUUUUUCCCCUUUCAUCCGAUUUAAACUUCACUUCAGUAACUCUCCGUGCAUCAGUUCACAUGUGAAGCGCUUCGUUGUCAUCUUCUCCGAUUACAAUUAGGGUUGAGAAAAUCAGUAAACAUGUCUGCUUGAAAUCGAAAAAAAAAAAUGAGAUCCUUUCCACUACAUUGACACAAUGGGCAACUGCAACACUAGAGACGAAGCUUCCGUCUUAACUCCCCAAGCUCAAGCUCAAGCUCAAGCUCAAGCUCAACAACUACAAAGGAAGCACUCACGCUCCGUCUCAGAUCUGAGCGAUCCAUCAUCAACCCCCUCCUCUCGCACUCCUCCUUCCGUCAUCCCCUUCACUCUCUUCGAGCUCGAGACCAUCACCAAGAGCUUCCGCCCCGACUACAUCCUCGGCGAAGGCGGCUUCGGCACCGUCUACAAAGGCUACAUUGAUGACAAUCUCCGCCUUGGUCUCAAGUCCCUCCCCGUCGCCGUCAAGGUUCUGAACAAGGAAGGUCUCCAGGGACACCGUGAAUGGCUUACUGAGGUUAACUUCCUUGGACAGCUCCGUCAUUACAACCUCGUUAAGCUUAUUGGUUACUGCUGUGAGGAUGAUCAUCGUUUGCUUGUUUAUGAGUUUAUGCUUAGAGGCAGCCUUGAGAAUCACCUCUUUAGAAAAACCACAGCUCCGUUAUCUUGGUCUAGAAGGAUGAUGAUUGCUCUUGGAGCUGCAAAGGGGCUUGCUUUCCUCCACAACGCCGAAAGACCGGUUAUUUAUCGUGAUUUCAAGACUUCCAAUAUACUGCUUGACUCGGACUACACAGCCAAGCUUUCAGAUUUUGGCUUGGCUAAAGCUGGCCCUCAAGGUGAUGAAACCCAUGUGUCAACUCGAGUGAUGGGUACUUACGGCUAUGCUGCUCCAGAAUAUGUGAUGACUGGACACCUGACGGCGAGAAGUGAUGUGUACAGCUUUGGAGUUGUUCUUCUGGAGAUGUUGACGGGAAGAAAGUCAGUGGACAAGACAAGACCUAGAAAAGAGCAGAACCUGGUUGAUUGGGCUCGGCCGAAGCUGAAUGAUAAAAGAAAACUGCUGCAAAUAAUCGACCCGAGGCUGGAGAACCAAUACUCAGUCAAGGCAGCUCAGAAGGCAUGCAGCCUAGCGUAUUAUUGUCUGAGUCAGAACCCGAAAGCUAGGCCAUUGAUGAGUGAUGUGGUUGAGACUUUGGAGCCUUUGCAGUGCACAGGUGAUUCCCUAAUCCCUGGUGGAGCUGCGUUUGCAAUGGGAGGGGUGCCUGAUUAUAGAAUGCACAGGAGGUUUGCAAAGAAUGUUGGGCCUGGUGCCAUUUGCAGGUCAUCACCUAGCCAAAGUUGUUCUCCGAGUGGACCUACAGCAUGCAGAGUGCGGUGAUCAGUGUGUGAAGUGUACAUAAAAUCUCGGUUCGCAGUGUCUCCUUUUGCUAAAAAUAAUGGUUUGCUUCAUGUUGUUUUUGUUUGUUGCUGCUGCUGCUGUUUGUUGCCACCACUUGAUCUAAUCUAGAAUCUUUGUAUGAUUAUGAUUGAGCGUGGUUCUUUGUUUGUAUCCGCUCUUCUGAUGUAGUGCUUGUAUUAGUCUCUGACAAUUUCUCUAAUCACUCCAAUGUGAAUUUUUUUGUGUGUAAGCA